CCGGCGCGGUAUAAGAGGUUGUCUUUUGCGAGAAUGCCUCAAAUCAUGGCGGAGGCGUUCGCGAGAGGAUUGUUAGACAAGAUAAUGGUAGAAGUUCUGGACGUUAUAGAUCGCGAUGCAGAGGAUGGAAAAUCCUGGGAACAGCAUGUCACUGAGGAAACAGACGAUGCUCAACUGGAAUAUGUACACGGUAGACCGCAAGCAAACGAGUUUACACACAUACAUUAUAGUAAAGCCGACGAAAUAGAAUUGAUUGCAAAGAUAGUCCGUGAUUUGCGUGACAUACGGAUCGGAGAUUCGUGUUAUGUUCUUCCGCCUUCAUUGUUAACAUUGGAGAAACAGGUGAAAUACGCCACGUGCAAUGACGAUGAGCCGCUUAUAAAUCCAGUAACCGACGUCACCGAAACUCAGCGCACGACCCGAGGUCAAGGCGACAUGCACCAGAUUCACGCAACAAUUCUCGAAUUGCCAACUAAAUCGACGGAGCCGGUAAAGUUAAUUCGAAAGAAGAAGGAAGGAGAAGCGACUAACGAGGCGACCAACGUGUCAGUUGAUUUGUUACAACAGCUGAUUGAAGAUUUAGAGAACAAAGCAAUCUCAACUUGCUCCGAAGACAAUGCUUCUUUAGACUCGGUCAGUAAGGAACAUAUUGCCAUUUGGGAGGAGAAAGAAGAGCAAUUUAUUAAGACUAUCGACAGCAAUGUUGACAUCAGACACGACACUACAACGGGGACUCUUCAAGAUAGCGAGUCAAACGGUCGCUUUCACGUUAUCAAACUGAAACAUGAUGAAGAACUAAGGUCUCAUUCAAGUCAACACGUGGCAUCUACCUCGAAAGAAGUCGACCUUGAAGAAGUUCAGAUCGAGAAACGCGGAUCGAAUUCGUUAUCGUCGUUAAAACCAUCAUACGAUGAUGACAAUAAGACUAUAGAUCAGAUACUACCCUUCGACAAUGCAGAGAAAAGAAAAACGUUCAAUGAAGCGACAACGAAAAAGAAGAAGAAGAAGAAAGGCUUUGGCAGCCGAUUGAGGAAACUCUUCCGUGCCGCCUUUGGCCGCCAGAAGAAUUGAUGCUGGGUUCCGGAAGGAAAAUGCUACCUCACGAUCUACAUCAAACGGCGACGAUUUCCUUUAUUUGCUCGUACAGAUUUUUAGUCAUGUAUUUUUUAGAGGGAAACACAUCCGUGAAUACACAGCGAGUAAAAAUAACCAACCAGCAGCGUAGCCAUCGGCCGGGAGUCUUCAGCAUCUAACACGACUUUGGUGCAACGCGUGAAUUAGACUCUUUAUACAUUUCUAGAUAAUCGCAAGCAUUGUACACAAA